ACGGGGUGGCGCGCUCACCCCGGAAGCAGCGGCGGCCGCAGCCGGAAGCGGCGGCGACACCCGGAAGCGGCGGCAGGGCAGGAUGGACGACACGCUCUUCCAGCUGAAGUUCACAGCGAAGCAGCUGGAGAAACUUGCCAAAAAAGCUGAGAAGGACUCCAAGACAGAGCAAGCCAAAGUCAAGAAGGCCCUUCAGCAGAAGAAUGUGGAGUGUGCUCGUGUCUACGCAGAGAAUGCCAUCCGCAAGAAGAACGAGGGGCUGAACUGGCUCCGCAUGGCUUCCCGAGUGGAUGCUGUGGCCUCCAAGGUGCAGACAGCAGUGACAAUGAAGGGGGUGACGAAAAACAUGGCUCAGGUGACCAAAGCUUUGGACAAAGCUCUGAGCUCCAUGGACCUUCAGAAGGUGUCUGCAGUGAUGGAUAAGUUCGAGCAGCAGGUUCAGAAUUUGGAUGUUCAUACAUCGGUCAUGGAGGACUCCAUGAGCUCCGCUACCACACUGACCACGCCACAGGAGCAGGUGGACAGCCUCAUUGUGCAGAUUGCAGAGGAGAAUGGUUUGGAGAUCAUGGACCAGCUCAGCCAGCUCCCUGAGGGUGCUUCAGCAGUAGGGGAGAGCUCGAUGCGCUCCCAGGAAGACCAGCUGUCACGGAGGUUGGCUGCCUUGCGGAAUUAGAUCUCCUGUCACCCCGGCGGACUGCUGCCAUGCUGGUUUUAUGGUCUAUGGGGCCGGAGGGACUCAGGACUCCUUCCUCUCUGCCUUUACCAUGUCCUUGCUCUGACCUGCUGGCUGGGCAGGGCCAACUCCUCCUGCAGCAGUGUGUCCCCAGCCCUGUCCGCCUCCCUGCAGACUCUUCUUUUGGGGUGCAGUGGUGACCAGAGCAGGCAGAGAUCCCGAUAGGGGGUGUGGAGCCAAGGACAGCCCUUCUCUGGGCUUGACGAGUACUUUGCUGUUUCUUAUUUUAGGGUGUUUUUCAUUUGAGGGUCGCUGCUGGCUUCUCGCAGUGUCCCGUGAUGCAAUGUGAUUUAACACUAAAUGAAUCUUUCUGGAGGUGGGUCGCAGUGUCUCCUGGGGUGCUGGCUGUCUGCCUCUUCCCUGUGUAGCCUGCUUCUGUUGUUACCUGGUUUGGGGCUUCUGUGCUUUGGGCAGCACUUUGCUGGGGACCUACAGCAAGUGUCUGUCCACAUGGAGCAGAGUUACAGUGGGGGAUGAGGACGGGGCCAUGGUGUUUCUGGGGGCUUUGUGCCUUGCAGGAAGCAGUGCCCUUGCCCAGCCCUCGCUUCUCGCUCCGUAGCCAUAUGUGGGUGCCCUGCUUGUAGGCUUCUCCUUGCAGAUUCACCUCAUCAUGGCAGGCCAACCCCCCUUGCUUCUCUUGACCACAAAGUGACCUUUGAAACCCUUCUCCUGCCCUGCACAAGCCUGUGUGUGUGAAUCCAUGCAUCCACCGCCUCCCACCAGUACAGUUUGGCAGUGAGCUCUCUGUGCCAUGACUUACCAUUGUGCCCGGUCCAUGCCCAGUGCCCUGCAGCUGGGAGAGGCUCUCAGCUGCUCUUAUCCUUGGUGACUGCAGGCUAAUCCCAGCGUUCUGCUGCUGGAUGGGUGCGCUGAUGUAAAUACCAGACUGCCCUGAGUGUGCAUCCUCCAGCCCUGUGCUGUGCCUGGCCCCUGCUGCCCCUGCUGCCAUUCCCACUCUGCUGUUCCCACCUUGCUGCAUCUGUAACCGAGCUUCCACCCACAGUGGAAGACAACUCAGAGCCUUCCUCUGGGCUGAGGUUUUCAGUGUCCCUUCACACAGACACCACUGAGUUAAGGGAUGGAUGGGGAGCUGACAGGAAGGAAAUGAAGUUUCCUUUGCCUCUCAUGAGGAAUUCCAGGCUGCAGGCAGUGUGCUCCAGCUGCCUGGCCCUGCGGUGCUGGAGCCCAGCAGUGAAACAUGCAGCCAGCCCUGCUGUGGAAUGGCAGCUUUGCUCCAUCGGCUGUAACGGGAACUUCCAGUCAUGCACAGCUGCAGUGGGAGCGGGGAAUUGGCUGCUAUCGACAGGGCAGCAGUGAUGUGGGGACAGGGCAGGCAGCUCCAUCCCUCCUCCUGCAGUGCUGGGCCUGGCCCUGGGGUCAGGGACACUGCAGCGCUUGUAACAACAACAAUUCUCACUGCUUUGAUUAUUUUUUCUGAGUUCAAUGGCCUCGGCAGCACGUGGCUGGUGACCAGAAGAGCCUUCUUCCCUCGUGUGCUGCGAUGGGGACACGGGGUGGUGAUGAGGACAUAGGAGGUGCCUGUGCUAUGGGGUGGCACUGCUGGCUGCUGGCCCUGCGUGGGCACCAUGUGUGGGGCUGGGAUGAGCCCCAGAGAGACCCUGUCCCUGCGGUUACUCCCUUUUCCCAUCUGAUUUUUCUCUGUGUGUUGAUCUGUGGUGAUGUUUUUUUAAAGCUUGUCUUGUUUGCCUUUUUUUUUCCUUCUUUUUUUUUUUUUUCCUUCAAACCCCUGUUGAUUACCUAAUGCUGUUUGAAAUAAACACUCUGAACAUCC